CUGUGUGUCACCGCGCCGAGUGGGCCUGCAGGCCUAGGGGAGGCUGCACGGCUUUUGGGGUGGAGUGAGGAGGCCAAGAGCUGCACCACACUGGGGGAGGAGGCCGAAAUUGCAGGGAGCGUGAUGGAGGAGGGCCCUGGGGAGUGGCCCAAAUGGGGCACGACCUUCAGGAGCUGACGGUGCGGUGGGGCGCGCAGGUGGUUCGCGGGCUUCACACGGGCACCCUGGCUGCUUCCCGCGGUUGGCAUCUAUUUGUUCCCACGUGCCCCGGGUCAGUUCAUUACUGGACUCGCGCACUCGUGCAUUUCCGCAGGUAUUAAUUCAUGGAGACACGUGAGCAUCUUACCCUCUGGGCUGCCCUCUGUUCGUCCCCACUUUUCCGAGGAGUCCUCCGUCCCCGAAGCCCCAGCUCCCGGUGUCCCACCGGACCCUGCCCCGCGCACGCGCCCGCGUCCGCCAUUUCCAUCUCUCCUAUUGGGCCCGCUGCCUCCGCGCUCAGAAGUUUCAACCAAUGGGAAGCUCCAAGCAGCCUCCGCGCUUGGAAGCUUCAACCAAUCAGGUUCAGCCAAUGGGGGGGCGCCAGGAUAAAGGGCCUCGCGCUGGAUCGCUGGGAGUUCGUCGGUGUCGGCGGGUCCCAGGCUGCGAGGCGCUUGGCUUUCCCGGCAAGUGUGCGUGCGGCUCCGCGUCUGAGGAGCGGCACUUGCACGCUGCGGGCCUUCGCCGCCCUUCAGGACGUUUCCGGUAGGCUCCGGAAGGCGUCCGGUCGCCGUCGUCUCCUCUCGGGAGCCGAUCAGACGCCGUGAUGAGUUCGAACCGAUCCGAGCCCGCGGGGAAACAGAAGAGGACCCGGGACCGCAGGAAACGUCGCGAAGGGCUGGUCUCCGAGGCCGGGGGCGGACGCAGCGCGGGAAGAAGGGCCGACCGCCCUCCGUCCCCCAUCAUUGCAGCAGGCCGCAUGGAGCUCAGCGGCGCGCCCGUGCGGCGCUUCACAGUGGAUGACUUUGAAAUCGGGCGUCCUCUGGGCAAGGGGAAAUUUGGGAAUGUGUACCUGGCUCGGCUCAAGGAAAGCCAUUUUAUCGUGGCCCUGAAAGUCCUCUUCAAGUCCCAGAUCGAAAAGGAAGGACUGGAGCCCCAGCUGCGCAGGGAAAUUGAAAUCCAGGCGCACCUGCAACACCCCAAUAUCCUGCGCCUCUACAACUAUUUCCAUGAUGCCCGCCGCGUGUACCUGAUUCUGGAAUAUGCUCCAAGGGGUGAGCUCUACAAGGAGCUGCAGAAGAGCCACACAUUAGACGAACAGCGCACAGUGACGAUAAUGGAGGAAGUGGCAGAUGCUCUGAUCUACUGCCACGAAAAAAAGGUGAUCCACAGGGAUAUUAAGCCAGAGAACCUACUGCUGGGGCUCAGGGGUGAGGUGAAGAUUGCAGACUUUGGCUGGUCUGUGCACACCCCAUCUCUGAGGAGAAAGACAGCGUGUGGGACUCUGGACUACUUGCCCCCCGAAAUUAUUGAAAGGAGAACAUAUAAUGAGAAAGUAGAUCUGUGGAGCAUUGGAGUGCUGUGUUAUGAGCUGCUGGUGGGAAGUCCACCCUUUGAGAGCCCUUCCCAUAUUGAGACAUACCAGCGCAUCCUCAAGGUCGAUGUAAGGCUUCCCCCAUCAUUACCUUUGGGGGCCCGGGACUUGAUCUCCAGGCUUCUCAGGUACCAGCCUUCAGAGCGGCUGCCCUUAGCCCAGAUCCUGGAGCACCCCUGGGUUCGGGCCCACUCUCAGAGAGUGUUGCCUCCAUCCAUUCAGAUGGCUUCUUGAGCCUUGUGUGCACAUGUUUCAUUGUGGUUGCCCAGAGAGCUCUCCUGGGUCUACUGUUUUAUCAGUCUUUUGUUGGUUUUAGAUUCACAAUUUUAAUUAAUAAAACUUGAAUCAUUUUGUA